UGGCUGGCAAAGCAAAUAAGACGCUUAAAUCAUCAGGCGGUUAUUAUGAAAGGAAACUACUAUAAGAUGUCUCGUAACAAAGACAAAUACGACAGCACGAACAGAAGGCAGCAGAUAUUCUUAACAGCUGAGGACAUUGCUGCUGGCAAGAAGACCAACUGGACGGGUCUCGAGAUAACAGGCUGUGUGCGUAACAUAAGUCCAUCGUUGUGGGAGUUUGAGCAUCUGACCGCCCUCUAUCUGAAUGACAAUCAGCUGUUGCGACUACCAGCGGAUGUGGGCAUGUUGGUUAGCCUGCGCACCCUCGACUUGUCCACCAACAAGCUGCGCAGCCUGCCCGCCGAGCUGGGCGAACUCAUACAACUGAGGGAACUACUGUUGAACAACAACUUUCUGCGUGUGCUGCCCUACGAAAUUGGCAAGCUCUUCCAUCUGGUUGUACUGGGUCUGAUGGGCAAUCCUCUGCAAAAGGAGUUUAUGAACAUCUACAAUGAGCCUAACGGAACACCGAAACUGCUCACCUACAUGCUGGACAACUUGUCAUUUACCGUCAAUCCACCGCCCCAAAGACCAUGGCUGCCACUCGCCAAGCCCAACAAAUCGCGACCAGCCUGCAUUUUUACGGUUAUGUGUUAUAAUGUGCUCUGCGACAAGUAUGCGACGCGACAAAUGUACGGCUAUUGUCCAUCGUGGGCCCUGUGUUGGGAGUACCGAAAGAAGUCAAUUAUCGAUGAGAUACGCCAUUAUGCGGCUGACAUUAUAAGUUUGCAGGAGAUCGAGACGGAACAGUUCUAUCACUUUUUCCUGCCCGAACUAAAGAACGAUGGCUACGAGGGCAUCUUCUCUCCCAAGUCGCGCGCCAAGACAAUGUCCGAGGUGGAACGCAAAUAUGUUGAUGGCUGUGCGAUAUUCUUUCGAACAUCAAAAUUCACACUGAUUAAGGAGCAUCUAAUUGAAUUUAAUCAGCUGGCCAUGGCCAAUGCGGAGGGCUCGGACAAUAUGCUGAACCGUGUGAUGCCGAAGGAUAACAUUGGAUUGGCCGCACUGUUGAAGGUGAAAGAGACGGCUUGGGAGCCAAUGUCUGAGGUUACACAGAUCUCACAGCCGCUGCUCGUGUGCACCGCCCACAUACAUUGGGAUCCCGAAUUCUGCGAUGUCAAACUCAUACAGACAAUGAUGCUGAGCAACGAGCUAAAGACGAUCAUUGACGAGGCCAGUCACAGCUUUCGGCCGGGCCACAAGAACGACUCGAAUAGUGUGCAACUGCUGCUCUGUGGCGAUUUCAAUUCGCUGCCCGAUUCGGGCGUCGUCGAGUUUCUGGGCAAGGGCCGCGUUGCAAUGGACCAUUUGGACUUCAAGGAUAUGGGCUACAAGCUGUGCCUGCAACGCUUGCUGUCCAACGAUACCAACGAGUUUACGCAUUCCUUUAAGCUUGCCUCCGCCUACAGCGAGGACAUUAUGCCGCACACAAACUAUACGUUCGAUUUCAAGGGCAUCAUCGACUAUAUAUUCUACACAAAGACGGGCAUGGUGCCGCUGGGCCUGCUGGGGCCGGUGUCGACGGAGUGGCUGCGGGAAAAUAAAGUGGUUGGCUGUCCACAUCCGCACAUACCAUCCGAUCAUUUUCCGCUGCUGGUUGAACUGGAGCUGAUGCAUACGGCCAGCCAGCAGGCGCCUCCCAAUGGGCUAAUAAAUCGACGGUAGCAAUAGACUCGGCGCGGUAGGCCAUCAUCGACCAUGGUGACGACAGCAACAGCAACAACAACAUCGACGGCAACAAUUCGGACAGCAGCAACGGCUGGCGGCGGCGGAGGUGGCGGCGCCAACAGCAGCACGCUGCCAUUCAAAUAUCGGGGACGCAGCAACAGCGGCAAUAAUAGGAACAAGACCAAUAAUCAAAAUAGCAACAACAAUAAUAUCCGAAGCAAUAGCAAUAGCAGCAGCAACCUGCGUCAAGCCGCACCCCAUGGAACAUUACGCAAACCGCAAACGAUUAACACAACCUCACCAAAAGAGCCCCAAAAGCCCUUUACAUGAAUCCCCCAAAUGCUCGACCAACCAACAACCAACCAACCAACCAUCAACCAUCAACCUCAAUACAUCAACCUCGUGGUCGCCACUCAUUAAUAAUUCAACUUAUAGUUUAGUUCUAAUUCUGGCUUGAUUUCAAUCACAAUGCACACACUCACAAAAAAAACAACUCAUACACCACACACGCAUAUGAGUUCUAAGAUGACGAAGUUGUGGAGGGUCCGCUGAUCUGUGCACUGUCUCGUCAAACGAGCGUUAAGAAUGCGACUUACAGUGGAUAACGCAAUCCGAUAGUGCUGUA